GUCUAACAGCACUGGCAAGUUCCCCAGGAGUUGUUUACUGUGGGAAUGAGUGAAAAGACCAAGGCAGUGAUCCGGGCCAGUUCUGUCGAUGAACUGGCUUGUAUUUGAAGUACUCUGGAAUCCACAUUUUGCGGGUUACAAGACAUGGCAUCCGAAGGCAGAAAGGGUGAUAUCUUCCAGGACCAGGAGGUUGUCAUGGAGAAUGGGGAAGUCUACAGAAACCCCACUGAAUUGAAGAUGAGUCAGAUUGUGCUGCCCUGUCAUGCCAAUCACCGUGGUGAACUGAGUGUGGGGCAACUGCUCAAGUGGAUGGACUCCACAGCCUGUCUGUCUGCUGAAAGACAUGCAGGCUGUUCCUGUGUAACUGCAUCUGUGGAUGACAUCCAUUUUGAACACACCAUUGGGGUGGGAAAAGUAGUGACCAUCAUUGCUAAGGUCAACAGAGCCUUCACGUCCAGUAUGGAGGUAGGUAUAUUAGUGACCUGUGAGGACCUCUACACCAAUAAGCAUUGGAAAGUCUGUCAAGCCUUCGCCACUUUUGUUGCCAGAAGAACCGAGGCUGGGAAGGUACAGCUGAAGCAGGUGGUGCCUGUAACACAACUGGAGCAGAUGGAAUACAGUCUGGCGGCAGAGCGGAGGAGGAUGCGGCUCAUUCAUGCUGAGAUCAUUACAGACUUACUGAGCAGCAGCACGGCUCAACUGGGUACACAGAGCCGGGAUAACAACCGCUGUCCCAGCAUGCAGCCCGGUAUCAUCGCCAUUAUGCUGUACGUGGGAUUGAUGAGCUUGUUCUUCUCUCAUCAGGAGAGUGUCAGGAGCAUCAGGACGCUGUGCCAGCUGAUCGUACACGGGUGGAGAGCGUGGAGCUGGUGCUGCCACCUCAUGCCAACCACCAGUCGCUUGUGUAACGCCCAUCCAACAUUAAGGACAAUAGAUAUGUUCCAUUUCCGCGGUCCCUCUCACAUUGGUGAUCGACUGGUGCUCAAAGCCAUCGUGAAUAACUCUUUUAAGCACAGUAUGGAGGUGGGAGUGUGUGCGGAAGCCUACCAGGGUGAUGAACCUCAGCGCCAUAUAAAUAGUGCCUUCAUGACCUUUGAGGUUCUGGACAGUGAAAGGAGACCACAAACGCUGCCCCGGAUACGGCCGGAACCUGUGGACGGUGAAAGACGUCAUCAAGAAGCCAUAGCCAGAAAGAAGAUUCGCCUCGAUAGGAAAUACAUCAUCUCUUGCAAGCAGCAUGAAGUACCCCUGUCUGUGCCGUGGGACCAAAGUAACCAGAUGUAUCUGAGCUACAAUAACGUAUCAGCUCUGAAGCUCAUGGAAGCCAAAAGCAACUGGAUCCUAUCAUCUGAGAAGAAUAAGGUUAGAUUGUACACAUUAGAAGAAAACCAGAUGUUGUGCUUCAAAGUAGAGAUGAAUGUCAGCGUUCCAGCCGAACAGACGUUCCAGCUGUUGUCAGAUCUGAGGAGGAGGAAAGAGUGGGACCUCCAUUAUGAGGAGUGUGAGGUGAUCACUCAUGCAGACGAUGAUGACACACUAUACCGCAUUGCCACGCCGUCUGUUUGUAAAGGAGGCAAAGGUCAAGAUUUUAUCUUGCUGGCAUCCAGGAGGAGGCCAUGUGACAAUAGUGACCCCUAUCUGAUCGCUCUACGCUCGGUAACACUGCCAACGCACCCGCCAACUCCGGACCACUGCAGGGGAGAAGUGCUUUGUGCUGGCUUCACAAUUUGGGAGGAAUCUACCUCUGUCACUAAGAUUACCUACUACAACCAAGCCACACCUGGAGUGCUCCCAUACAUCUCCACAGACAUUGUUGGACUGUCCUCAACCUACUACAACACUUUUUUUGCUUGUAGUUGCUUCUUGGAGAACAACAAGGACAACAUGGCUUCCGUCAGUUCACCAGACCCCAGCAGUUCAACCAGUUCACCUUGAACAAGAAGCAAAUAUAUCUCAUUUUCACUUUUCCCAUUCAGUAAAUAAUGAGUUCUGCACUACAUGAUGUAAAACACGCACUUUUCCAAUCCUUUUAUAGUGUGUAAGGCAUAUAUUUGCUAGAUCUGUUAAUUUGAGGCUAAGAGGUAACUUUUCAAUGAUGAGUGUAAAAUCAAGUGACUUUCUACAUUGUACGCCUUGUCUUUCCAUUUAAAUUAAAUGUAUUUAAUUCAUUUUUCUGACUGCUCUGUUUAAAAAUACAUUUUCUUGUCAAUGAUUUUUGUUGCUGCAUA